AUGGGCAGCCUCAAGUCUCUCGCUCUCUUGGCUUUGCUCUUUUCCCUCUCUCUCGCUGUUUUUGCCGACACAUCCAAUGACGCCGCUACACAUGCUAAGGAAGAAGUGAAACCAAGUGAAGCGACCGAUGCCAUAGAGCCACAACAACGUGGUUGUAGAUACGGAUGCUGCGGAGCCUAUGCUUAUGGACAGUGCGCCGCUUGCUGCAGCCGACCUCAGGCCGCGGAGGCCGAAACCGAGGCCAAUGACGUUGUUGUAGAGCCUGAGCAGCGGGGGCGUGGUGGUUGUAGGUACGGAUGUUGCGGAUCCUACGCUUUUGGACGGUGCAGCGCUUGCUGCAGCAAAGCCCAAGCUGAGGAGGCUAUGAAUACCGAGGCUGUUGAGGAGAACGCUGUUGAGCCUCAGCAAAGGGGUGGUGGUUGUAGGUACGGAUGUUGCGGAUCAUGGCGUUAUGGACGGUGCAGCUACUGUUGCCGAGGUCCUCAAGCCGAGGCUGAAGUUGUUGAGCCCCAGCAAAUCCGUAGAUGUAGGUACGGUUGCUGCGGAAGGUACCCUUAUCCGCGAUGCAGUGUUUGCUGUACCAAGAAGAUGGCUACAGAGGAAGAGAAGAAAACAGAAGAAGCUAAGCCAUGA